CUAGGGCGGUGGCAGGGCCCCGCCGGCAGCAGCCUAGGGCUUCUCUUUCCUUGGCCCCGAAAUCCCGGCCUCAACCCGCGCGGCUGCACCCGGGUCACCCGGCUCCCCGAGCACGUGCUCGGUCAGCGCGGAGCCAGAGACGCGCGCCUCUGAUUCCGAGGCGGACACCCGCGCGCCUGCAUGGCCACCGGAACGGCUUCAGGCGGCAGCCGGCUGCCCAGGGGUUCGGCGGUCUUCACCACCUUCCCCGACCUGCUCUUCGUCUUCGAGUUUGUCUCUGGGGGGCUGGUGUGGAUCCUCAUCCUCUUGGCCCAGGUGCCUGUCCCCCUGGUCCAGGGCUGGGUCCUGUUCGUGUCUGUGUCCUGCUUCAUAGUCACCACUCUCCUGCUUUGCCUCUACAUUGUUGGUGCCCAUAAGAACUGGAGUUUCUGGAUCACCCUGGACACAGCCUACCAUUGCCUCGCCGCCCUGUUUUACUUCAGCGCCUCUGCCCUGGAAACUCUGGUCACUAUCGGCCUGCAAGACGACAUAUACAAACACUACAGUGAAAACAUCUCCGCUGUGCAGCCCGAGGAUGCAGGUGCUGUUAUCACACCCAUGUCACAGAUGGGGAGCCAGGCCCCAAGAGCGUGCACAACUCCCCCUGGGGUGACCAGGAGCUGGAGGAGCCUGGGGUCCAAGUGUGAGCAGAGUCUGGCCGCGUGGGGUCCAGGCUGCCCCUGAGGGCCUUCCAGGGACGCUCGCGGUCAGGGUGGGGACAGCGUUGAGACCAGGGAUGGGAAACUGAGCGGCCAGUGUCUCCCAGGCCCUGGCUCGGGGGCUGCGGGGAGGCACCUCCAGGCACAGCAUGUCCAGGCCUCCAGCUGUGGGUGUCCGCUUCUGGGACUAGACCUUUGUCUCUUGUCGACGGCAUCUCCUUCCUGACAGCUCUGAGAACCUGUGCAGUAAGACGGUGUGAACUUCACACUCAUUCUUUCUGCAGGUCUCUUGUGCCUCUGAACCUCAGUUUGCUCACCUAUAAAAUGAGACAGCAAUUCUUUUUGUUUCCCUGGAGGAUGAGAGAGCUAUUAAACCACUUCCUCCCAAGACUUCCCAGGUAGCAAUGGGUAGAACAGGGGCUGGAACCUCCCUCACCCCAUUAGGAGAAUAGAUGGGGUGAGACUGUGUCCUGGGGGCACCUUGCCUGCAGGUCCCUAAGCUCUAAAAGGAACUGUGGGGACAAGACCCCUUAGUGGGCCAUGAGUUCAUGACUUUUCUCGUUGCUGAAAUGGAUCAGAAUGACAGGGAAUUCAAGAGAGAGGGGACAUAUGUAUAACCUACAGCUGAUCAUGUUGAUGUAUGGCAGAAACCAACACAAUA